ACUAGCUAGUAGUUGCCAGUUGGUUUUCUCGGGUCUUCGCGCUAGUUUAUGUCUGUUUGUUUACCGUAUAAUACCACCGUCACCUGUCUUUAAGUUACCGUUAACUGUUGUGCCUUGUGUUUGUUGUUUUUCUUACCCACUAGUGAGGACUUGCUUAUUCGACAUGUACCGGAAACGACAAAAUACAAAAAAGUGACGUGGUUUUUUUUCUUAUAGUUUUUGUUCGCCUAGAAAAUAUAACCAAAGGUACAUUUUAUUGCUGAGAUACUAUUAAUAAUGCGUACCAGAUGGAAGGAGGUGCUAUUAGUAACAGCGUUGAUGUUCUUCGACUUUUGUUUAUCAACCAUUACAUCAUGUGAAGAUUUAAAAUCAGAGUUCCGGUACCCUUGUGUUUGUGAGGAACUGAGACAAAUUGGUGGUCUAGCGUUAAAUUGUGAUGGUGUGGUCUACCCAAGCGAUCAUGUAAAUUUACCAAAAGAUGCACCAAUCUUGGUGUUCACCCAAAGAAAUGCUGGUCAUCAUUCUGUGCCCACACAACUCUUUCCGACUACAGUUAAACUAGAUUUGUCACAAAAUUCUAUUAGAAGAUUGUCCGAAAAAUCAUUUAAUAUCAUACAGAAUACAGUUGAAGAUUUAAGAUUGGCCGGUAACUUAUUAGGUGACACCUUAAAUCCAAUAUUUUCUUCUACGGAAUUUCAUGGAUUAUCGAAGCUAAUACGUUUGGAUCUCAGUGAAAAUAGGAUAUCGUCUUUAGAAGAAGGCAUAUUAAAGGGUUGUAUACAUUUAGAGGAACUGAAGUUGGAUGGUAAUCGUUUAGCAUUUAUACCUAGCAUUUCAUUGAAUGGCCCCGAAGCACUACGAAGUUUAUCCCUAAAAAAUAACCGAAUUGAUAGUAUACAACAGGGUUCUUUUCUAUCACAAAAAUCUUUAAUAAAAAUAGACUUAUCAUCCAACAGAGUAAACAACAUUGAAAUAGGAGCAUUUGAAGGUUUAUCAGUGUUGAAACAGCUUUUGUUAUCAGAGAAUCGUUUGUCAAAAUUUAACAGUGAUAUUUUUUAUGGUGCGGAGAAGCUGGAAAAGUUAGAUAUUUCGAACAAUUUUAUUGUUGAAUUUCCUUCGAUUGCUUUAAAAAAAUUUGAUAAUUUAAAAAUUUUAAAUUUAUCAUCAAAUUUAAUACAAAAAUUAGAGAAUUCGCAAUUAACAUCAUUAGAAGUUUUAGACAUUAGUAGAAACAACAUUGGGAACAUUUCACCAGGAACUUUUACGAAUUUAAAAAAAUUAAAAAUCUUAAACUUGGCUGUAAACAUGUUAAGAACUGUUGAAGAUGAUGCUUUUGAAGGUUUAAUAAAUCUUGAAUCAUUGUCUUUGGAAGAUAAUAACAUUUUAUUAAUACCAGCAUCUGCACUUAGUAAAUUACCACACCUGAGCAAAUUACGUUUGGAUUACAAUAGGAUUGCAGCACUUUCUUCAAAUAUUCUUCGAGGGUUGUCAGAAAUAUUAAUUGAACUAGGUUUGAGUAGAAAUGUUAUUAGAGAAUUACCUUCAGAUGUAUUUCAAGAUUUUAAACUCUUAAGAGUUCUUGAUUUAUCUGGAAAUUUAUUAUUGUCUGUAGAACCAUCAACGUUCUCUGGUUUAGAAGACACUCUGGAACAUUUAAAUCUUCAAGGUAACAGAAUUGCUUCGCUUUCAUCGGAGCCAAUCAAUCUUCAAAAGUUGAAAACUCUUGAUUUAUCAUACAAUCAACUAAAAGAAAUACCUCGACAUACAUUUACUGUGAUGUCUUCGUUGUCAAAUUUAAACUUGAGUCAUAACCCUCAUUUAGCAUUGAUACCUGUAAGCGUAUUUCAUCCAUUGACACAACUGCAAAAACUCGAUAUCAGCUUUACUAGCAUAAAAGUCUUAAGCCCUGAAUUAUUUUUUAAGACUUCAUCACUUACUCACCUUUUUAUACAGAACAACGGCAUAACCGAGUUGCCGGAAACCAUGUUUCAAAGUUUGACUAAUCUAGUUACAUUAGAUUUAUCAGAAAACCAAAUAUCAAACAUACGUAUUGGUUCGUUUAUGGGCCUUUCUUCAAUUAGAUAUGUAAAUUUGUCUAAAAAUAAGUUGUCUUCAUUUAAAGGUGAAUAUUUUAUUACGAAACGAAGCAAUGGGACUCCAUUAGAAGAAAUUGAUAUGUCUAAUAAUCAAAUUAGUUAUUUGUUUCCGUCAACGUUUAAAGUCCAUCCUAGUAUAAAAGUUAUCAAAGUUUCAAAUAAUAAAUUCAACUUUUUUCCCUCUGAGCUUAUUGCAGGUUUGGCGAAUUUGCAAGAAGUAGAUUUAAGCAAAAAUAGUUUGAAAUCGCUAGAAGAAUUUGAUUUUGCUGGUUUACCGCAACUAAGAAAAUUAAAUUUGGCCAAUAACCAAAUAGACACAAUAAGCGAAACAACGUUUCAUAAUUCUACUCAAUUGCAAAAUAUUAAAUUGGCUAAUAAUAAAUUGGAACGAAUUGGCGAGAGAACUUUUCAAGGAUUAAAUAGAUUACAAUACUUAGAUUUGGAAAAUAAUUAUUUGACAGAAUUACCUGAUUUAAUUUUUGACCGAACCCGUUUAAAAGUUCUCGAGAACAUUAACUUGGCAAAGAAUAGGUUUACAAUAGCGCCCUUGAAAAGUUUGCAGAAACAAUAUUUCUUUUUGUCAUCCGUAGACUUAUCUUCGAAUCAACUGACCGAAUUGCAGACCGAUGACAGCAUAUUAGUGAACAUAAAAAAACUUGACUUGUCGUUUAACCAUCUGUCUGAAGUGACUGUUAAAAACAUACUCAGUGAACCCAAAACAGUACGAGAAUUGAAUUUGGCGGGCACCGGAAUAACGUCUUUAUCACCCUUGGAAACGCCAUUUCUACAAAAACUAAAUCUAUCCUAUAACCGGAUAAAUGUUGUGGAUGAACACAUGUUUGACCGAUCAACACUGAUCGAGGAACUUGAUUUAUCACACAAUGAAUUACAAAGUUUAACGUCUCUGAGAGCCGUUUGGCCGAAGCUGAAUCAAGUGCAGCUGGUUGAUGUUUCGUGGAACCCGAUAUCUAACAUCGUCUUGGGUGACUUGGACAAGCUGGAAUCGUUGCGGUCGUUGCGAAUAAACGAUUUGUUAGAAUGUGAUAAGAUCGAAAAGAACGCGUUCAGAAAUCUCGGCAACUUAGUUGAACUAAAAAUGUACGACUUCCCAAAGCUGGGUUACUUGGAUGUCACUGGUUUGUUGAAUUACCUGCAGUCAUUGGAGGCUCUUGAGAUCGAAGUGAAAGACUCGUCCAUCGGCAGUCAAUUAUCGGCUGCCAUGAACCCCAGACUUAAGUCAUUGACCAUACGUGGACAACAGAUCACAUCCAUCUCAUCGGGCGCGCUAGCCGGCCUCAAGUACCGACAGGUACACAUCCGAAUCCAAAACACGUCACUGACCAGUUUACCACCGUCAUUGCUGAUCGCGUUGCCUCGGUCGUCGGUCAUCCAACUCGAUGUGUUUGAUAAUCAACUGACCACGCUUACCUCCCAAUUCCUGGCCGCUCUGGACGACCGUCGGAGUUCACUGAAACUGAACGGCCUGCGCGCCAAUCCCAUUUACUGUGACUGCAACGUCAGGGCGCUGAGACGGUCACCGCUGGCUUUGGACCUGGUAUGUUCCGCACCAGCGUUUGUGGCUGGCAGUCUGCUUAUCGAGAUACCGGACGACGACUUAACCUGUGAUGUCAGCCGACAAACAACGACCACGACUACGACAUCGACAACCACCGCGACAACGACCACCGCCGCAACCAGUCCGAUCGUCGUCAAAGCACCUAAACAAAGAACUACUACCGAACCAGACAUCAUAUGGUCGCUGCCGCCGGCCACCGCAAGUCCACCGCACCAGCAGCAGAAGUCACCAGCCACCGCAAAGUUACCUAACCCGGCCACGGCCGCAGCUAUCGCUAAUGAUGACACGUUGAUCAUCGGCAUUGUAGCCGGCGUUGUAGUGUUCAUUGCCAUACUGGUGAUCAUCAUAUGCAUCGUCCGUAUACGCCUGUCGACUGCUGAGUACAACUCACACAUGAACGCCCUGCCACCCGUCCUUGGCGCCCCGAUGCACUGCACCAAUCAAGCGUGCCCAUGUCCUAAAGCCAACGGCCAGAACGUCUUGUACCCUAUGUCAGCGGCCGCGUCCUACAGCAACAGUUACGCCACACUGCCCGCUCACAAGCUGUCAUCCGUGUCGUCGCCACUUCGGCAGUCCUACAGCGCUCUGAACGUGCCCGCACCGUACACGCAGAAUCCUUAUUACAUACCGUACGGCGGUGGCGACGAGAAGGAUUACACGAUGAGCAUGAGAUAAAAGCGCGCGACCACAGUGGCGUUGAUUGUUUUGCGGAACGCUAUAUUAUAUAUAUUAUGAUGGAAUAACAUCCAUGACGUACACGAUCGAUGCACCAACACUGACUGCGAAUGUCAUAAUACAUGAAUAAUUUAAUAAUGUAAAUACUACGUAUUAUAAUACGCCAUCAUUGCAAAGGAGAGAUGCGUUGUAAAUCGCACAGCAAGAUUUGGACUGUAUGUACUACCUACAUCGAAAAUAUUACGAGACUAGGUAUAUAAAUCGGUAUUAAAGUAAUAUAGGUAGUUAUCGUUAUCAUUGUAUACCAAUUAUUGUAAAAAGCAAAAAUCAAAUAUACCAUUGUUGUACAAAUAUAAUUAAAUAAACAGAUUCCUCAUUACAUAAA